GCAAAACCGACCUGUCCCUUUGUCGCGGUCAGCAGCGAGCGCCAAGUCCGUUCGCAGACGGGCUAAGGAAGAGAGGGCAGAGGGACGGGGCGGGACAGGACAGAACAGCAGAAAGGGAGGGCGUCGUGUAAUGAUUGCAAUGGAAGUCGACUUACACAAGUACAAGUCCCCGCGACGGCAGCAAUACGUCACGUCUCCGCCUUUGUCUCUCCAUCGCCUCGACCUUGGUCUUCACGAGCACAACGGCAACCACACCUCGUUGCCCGCCCAAGCCUGCAGCCUCUCCCCCCUCAGAUGCACGCCCUAGACCCUUCCUACUGCCGCCUGAGUAGCGCUCCCCACACCCCUAUUCAUAGUCACAUCCCUACCACGCGCCCAUCUCCUGGCUGUCGCGUUCGUCAUUGCCGUGCGCCGAGAGGGUACGAAUCCGGUCAUCAAGGCCAGACGACAGACAGUCCUCUCAUCUUUAUCCCGUCGUCGCCGUCCCAACCGCAGCCCUUGGAAUUGCGUCGGCCGUGUCUGUUGUACGCGAACCCUGGCGAUGCCUUCGACGGCGCCCUAGAUCCCAGACUCCAGACUCCAGACUUCAAAUCCACCUCUCCUACCUGCGCAUUUCCUAUCAAGCUCCCUGCCCGCUCCAGCCGCCGACUUGCACACACCCCAGCACUCCUGUCCGAUCCGAUAUUUUGCCUUUUCCCUUCCCCUUUAUCUGCCACAACACGGACAGUGCACCCCAUCCGACUAGGAUACUAGGAUACUAGGAUACCCGCGGCCCGCCCGGGCCCAUCGUCGAAUCAUGAUGCAGUCCACGCACAUCGCAGUGCAAGCCCCACCAACACAAGGAGGUAGCAGGACGUCGUCGGGACGCCUCAAGUACGCCGAGCCUCGCGACCUGCCCUCCUUCCCCUCGCUCGGACUCCGCCAGAACAACACCGCCGCCAGCGCCGCGGCCAGCCUGGGCUGGGCCACCCAGAAGCCCGCAUCCCCAGCCUUGUCCCCCGCAGAGCCCUCGUGGGGUUCGCAGCAGCCCCCCAGCAGCACAGCCAACCCCGCCCUCGCCCACAGACCAAAAAGUAGCAGCAGCCUAGCCUCGCCGGCCUCCGCCGCCGCCCUCCUCGCGAACAACGACCGCCGGAACACCCGGGCCGAAGAUAGGAGCGAUAUUGUCUCGAGGGCCGCCGUCAUUGCGGCCGCCGGCGGACUAGCCAGGAGUCGCCAAGAUAGCGGCAGCUUAGCCAGCCCUGUCACGAUGGCGUCCCCCGCUCUCACGUUGAGCCCAGCCUCACCCUCGACCUGGGGCAGUUCCGCCGCAAACCAAGCCUUCCGGGCCAACUCGGUGAGGCAUCGGGCUGCACCAUCAGAGCCCUCCUUGAUGACGGCGAGCAGCAGUGGCUCACUGCGUGCUGCCAAGGAUGCCAUGGCCGCAUCGGCCGCGGGUGCUAGUAUGGGGAGGCCUCGUGCCGUAUCGAGCCCGACACAACAAGCGCCCAAGAGCGGCCUGGGAAUCAGCAACAGCCCUGUAAUCGGUGCCAGCGACUCGGCCACGCCAAACGCCCUUACCGCAGCGACCGCGGCCCAUCACGGACGGGUCGCGUCUGUGGGUGGCGGCGUGGUGGGUGGCACCGGACCCUACACCACCAUGGACCGACAGAUGUUUACAUCGCAGCCGCCGGUGCAGCUCGAGGUGGAGGGCCAGAAGCGCCAAGAUGUGCUGCAUGCCUCGGCCGUAGCCAUGGCCAAGAGGAUGUACAGCCAACAGCAGGAGAAGCAAAAGAUGGCGGACGCGGCCGCGGCACGGGGGGCGGAGCAGGCCGACUCCACGCGCAGUCCUGGAUCAUCCCAGCAGGCUCCCAUGCAGUUUACAAACCUGCAGGAUGUUGCGUACAAGCUCGCCCAGGAGCGACUAUCCAAGUUGCAAGAUGAGCACAACCGGUCUCGCAGCUACAAGGAGUACUAUGGCAGCGGAGCGUCGCCUUCAUCUUCCGGCUACCGGAGAUUCACGAUCCGUGGUAAGCUUCGGCGUAGGUCGUCGAGCGACGGGGCCGUGACUACGGUAGCUGGUUUAGGCGGCUUUGGGGGUUCUGCUGUCGAACCAAGAGACGAGCAGCGUCGCAGGAAAUCGAGGUCCAUGCUCGCCGACGGGUCGAGUGGCCCUGCUGCUGGAGACAGCCCCGGCCCCGGCUUUGAUGAGAAGCGCCAGAGGGACCGCGAGGCGCUGCUUGCCGCGGCGCGGCGCAACGUCAAGGCGCAGCUUGAAGGCCUCGACCGUAAGCUGCUGGCUGACUCGGGCAAGGUCCCCCCUUCGCUGCUUAGUGAGUGGGAGACCAAGGCCCAUGCCGCCGCUCUAGCCCGGACGGGUGGUGGUUCUGCCUGUGCCACGUCCCCGGCCUCGACGACCGUCGCCGGCCCUACCACUACGCCUAGGAUUGAGUUGAGCUCGGCCGAUACCCGGAGCGGCAAUAAUGCCGGAAAGAUCGAUAUCGGGGGCGGCAAGUUUAUGGAUCAGACCGAGAUCGACGAGAUUGCCGCCCGAAGGGUUCAGCCCUUCCUAGACGAGAUCAAUGACAAGGCUGAGAAGGAGAGGGAGAGGCUCGCGGCGCUCCGAGCGGAGGAGGAGAGGAAACGGGCCGAGGCUGAGGGGAAGAGGGCCCAGGAGAGGGAGAUCAAGGAGAAUCUGGAGAAGCUGAAAGGCCAACAAAAGGAGCAAGACAAAGCUCGGAGAGAUGAGAUCAGGCAGGAAGAGAAAGCUAGGAAGCAGCUAGAAAAAGAGGCCAAGCUUGAGCAGAAGCGACUGGCUAAGGAGGGCGGCCGGGCUCCCAAGGAGAUCAUGGCGGGCAUGGAGAAGCAACCAGACCAGGCGCAAGAACCCGAGUCACCAUCACGAGCACCAAGCACCUCGGCGCCCCUUGCCCAAAAACGCUCCUACGAGCUAAGGAAGAAGCCAUCGAGAGCCCUUCAAAGCCUCAGCCUGCGUCUGCCUGGAAAGUUGAACCUAGGCUCAAAGGACAAGGAGAGAGAAAAGGAAGCAGAGAGCCAGCCAACGUCUGCCACAUCUUCCAAAUCUGCCCCGGCGGCCUCACCAACAACAACAGUGCCAGAAGACUCGGCCGCGUCACCAACCUCCAAGAUGAGGAAUUGGCUCAAGUCUCGCUUUCGAGGACGGUCCAGAUCCUCGGCCGAGGCGGGCUCGUUUGAGGCUGGGAACGGAAAGAAGAGCAGCUUCAUCGGCGGCGUGGCGCUCUCCGGGGUGGCCGCCGGGUCCGCAUCGACGGCGGCGCAGCACCAGCGGGCCGACUCGGACAGCUUGCUGUUCAGCCUCGACGCCGGCGACCAGCCGGGGACCGAGAGCAUGAGGGAGCUGGCGCUAGCCGGGCGCGGAGAGCGAGACGCGGGCGCGCCCAUGUCGAGGACGACGACGACGACGACGUCCAACACGGCAGUCUCGCCGACGGCGGCCGCCCCGGUGUCGGGGGCGGCGCGCGGCAGCGCCAGCAGCCUGGCCAGCAGCAACAACCGGAGCAGCCUGAGCAGCGGCAGCGGAGGGGAGAACUUUGUGUUGGCGAGGGAUCACUUCGGCACCAUCGGUGGGGCCCUACCACUGCCGCCUGUGCUACGGGAUCCGGCGAGGACCACAAAGGCGGGGAGUCCGGUCAGGGACUCGAGGUUCCUGGAGAUGAUGGAGUGAAUGGAGGAUGCGAAUGUAAUGCGACACACCUGGGCAAGCAACAUGUAUCUUUAUUGUUUUAUAUCGUUUCAUUGAGACGCUUGGCCGGCUUUGGCUCGCACCUAUUCACGUAAUCAUAUGCUGUUCGUAACUGCCAACUGAGUAGAGAAGCCCGUGUGGGGUCG